AUGAAGUUCUUUGAGAAUGUCUUCAGCUACGACUACUCCUUCCCUGCCGUCUCCCUCGCCUACUUCCUCCGCUAUCCCAACCCCUACUCUCGCCAUGUUCUGACCUCCGACGUGAUCGACCGCUAUGUCGAUCCAGAAACGAAACGCCUCCAUACCACGAGGCUGCAUCUCAAGAAAUCGAAAAUUCCCUCUGCCAUGCUUAAGUUCCUUCCAAAAGGCAUCGCAGGGGCCGACAAUUCCGGCCAGAGCUACAUUCUCGAAACGACCGUCGUCGAUCCUCAGGAAGGCUGGAUGAAGACGGAAUCUCGCAACAUGGAGUGGACUGGGAUUCUGAGUGUUGUGGAAAGACAGUUCUAUCAACGCCAAUCUGGGGCAGAGGCCGACCCGGCUUCCGUUAGCCUCUUGAAUGAUGACCGAAAAGAUGAGCAUACGACGGUCCGCACGACGGUCACCUUCCGCUCGCGAUUGGGUCAAGGAAGGCUGCUCAGACGCAAAACUGAGGCAGCGUCUGGCAGCGGAGACCAGCUGGUGGAAGUUGAGGAGGACGUGCCCAAGCGUGGUCUUUUUUCGUCCUUGUCGACCGCCGGCAUCCAGCGGACCAUUGAGCUCAUUGGGGUCACCAGGACGCGCGACGCCAUUUUGAGAAGCAAACAGGGAAUGAAUGUGGUUCUGGAGCGACUACGGAAUGGCGGAAUCGUUGGCGUUCUCGAGGGCAUGCGACAGGAUCGCGAGGCGGCGGCUCUUGGAGCUGAGGGCACGUGGAAGCGAGCCUGGCAACACGGGAACGGCAUGAAGGAGCAUGCAUAUUUGGAGGAAGAGGAUUGA